UUUCGAUUAUGUUUUGAUUGGUUAACAUUUCCACUACUGAAGAAUUAAAAUACAAGCGUAGAAAGAAAAACAAAAGAAGAAAGCAAACAAUUCAAGUACUCGACGUCUCUGUUUCUCUCGUCGAGUGAAUGAAUCAAGCAUGGACGUUGUCGGAGUGUUGGCUUUACAGGGAUCUUUCAACGAACACAUAGCGGCGCUGAGGAGGUUAGGAGUGAAAGGAGUGGAGAUAAGGAAGCCGGAGCAGCUUCAAAGUAUCAGCUCUCUUAUAAUUCCUGGUGGAGAAAGCACCACCAUGGCUAAACUUGCUGAGUUUUACAAUCUUUUUCCAGCACUGCGUGAGUUUGUGCAAAUGGGGAAGCCGGUUUGGGGGACUUGUGCAGGUCUUAUAUUUUUGGCAAACAAAGCUGUUGGACAGAAAGAAGGAGGGCAAUUCUUAGUCGGGGGUCUGGAUUGCACCGUCCAUAGAAACUACUUUGGGAGUCAGCUCCAAAGCUUUGAGGCAGAGCUUUUAGUGCCAGAACUUACAUCCAAAGAAGGUGGCCCUGAGACAUUUCGCGGUGUUUUCAUCCGUGCUCCUGCCAUCCUUGAGGUGGGGCCAGAAGUUGAAGUGCUUGCUGAUUAUCCUAUCCCAUCAAAUAAAGUGCUAUACUCGAGUUCAGAUGUUGAAAUUCAAGAGGAGUCUGCUGUGCCUGAAAAGAAAGUAAUAGUUGCCGUGAAGCAAGGAAAAUUGCUAGGAACUGCUUUCCACCCUGAGUUGACUGCAGACAUCAGAUGGCAUAGUUACUUUCUAAAGAUGGCAAGCGACCUCAGAGGGGCAACCUCAGAUGACAUUGUUGCAGUCAGUGAAGCAGCUUCAAGUUCUGACCCACAAACGAAGUAUGAUCUUCCAAUAUUCUGAUAAUCCCCAGUGUCAAGGAGAUUAUUUCGGGUCUUCUUCAAUUUCUUUCCCUUUUCCUUUCCUUUCCUUCCCCCAUUUUGUUUUCUCCUCAUCACUUAUAGUGUCUCCAUGUUUGUGGACGUUUCAUCUUCUAUUUCAAAGGCAAAGCCUAUUUGACAAGUA